AUGAACGCCUUCCCUAUCGCUCCUUCGCUCGUGUUUACGGAUAUGUUCCGCAUGGCGGUCGUCCACUUGAUAUUCAACAUCCCACUGAACGUACUGGACGAGACUGCCGAAGCCGUCAUGCGCGAGGUGACCGCCAAUAUCGACGCGGACCCACACAAGCUGAAAUACACGGUCGAAAUUAUCUACGCGAGUGCCAUGGAGGACAGGAACUGGGUAUACGUCGCAGUCAAGCUGCUGAACUAUCUCUGCCUUCUUAUCCCAGCAACACUGGCCGACCCAAACGUACUCCCCGAUGGCAACAACAAGCUACGCUCCGGCGCGCGUCUCGUCCAACACUACGUCUACCAGCGCUCGCUAGACGACUUCGUCGCCGAUAUGCAGAAAGCCGCAUGGUGCCAACCGCGCAUGUGGCUCCUCGCUGAACUAGACAUGAUGGUCAAUGCAGAGCAUCUGUACAGCAGCAACAAUGUCGACCUCUUCAGCGAGUACGUGGAGUUCAUUGCGCGUGGACUGGAUGAGAAUCCUACUACUGAAUCGGAGCUCACACGGGUUCUGGAGAAGGUGCGGGAGCGCACAGUGAUGGCGGAUGAGGAUCUCAUGUCAAAGAUCAAGGUUACGGGACUCAUCGCACUGAGGGAGAAGGGUUGGGCCAUGUGA